UUAAUUCUUGCCUACUGAGAGUAAAUUUUUGUUUUCCUGGUUGAGAUGUCGAGGAACUUAUUUGUUUUGAACCUGUUGAAUUCAUCCAUUGUCUGGUCAUUUUUCCAUCCUUCAGUCCCACUUUUAGCAUGGUUGGGCUGCUCCUACUUUUAAUGUCAGCCUGCUAUUUUUCUUUCAAUCCCCUUGUGUCCUGACACCCACAUCAAUCACCUGACUUUGUUUCCCAGGAGUUGGAGAUAAAUAAGGCAUUCUCAGACCAGCUUCGAGUUGAAACUGGAGGAACCCCUUGAAAUGAUUACAUUGACUCGUAAAUUAAAGAAGAACAAUGAAGAUGUCCGUUAUCUUCAAAAAAAUCACCCUCGACGUGUCUCCAUCAGGGACAAACUUCUUGUUAAGGAGGUGCAAGAAAUGGAAUCCAUGCUUCCGACCACGUGUUCUGUCAAAUUCGUAGACCCUCAUAAACUUCAUGAAUUUUAUUUAAUUGUUUCCCCCGAUGAGGGUUUUUGGCAGGGAGGAAAGUUCCGGUUUCACAUUUUUAUUACUGAAGAUUAUAAUAUUGCACCCCCAACAGUGAAAUGCCAAACUAAGUUAUGGCAUCCUAACAUAAGUGAAGACGGUGAUAUAUGCCUAAGUCUCCUUCGACAGAAUUCCAUUGACGGAUUAGGCUGGGCACCGACAAGACGACUAAAAGAUGUUAUAUGGGGUCUUAAUUCAUUAUUUACAGAUUUGCUCAAUUUUGAAGACCCAUUAAACAUCUCUGCCGCUGAGCUUUAUAUCAAAGAUAGAGAUGCUUUCAAGCUUAAAGUUCGUGACUACAUGCAUCAAUAUUCAAGACGUUAAAUGUGCUAAUACAUAUUCGUUUAUUUGGGUCUCUUAAAUGUGCUUAAGAUUUGUAUAUUUAAUAUAAUAGUUAAUGGUAGAAUUGGCUGUUGUAAAUAUUAUUGAAUGGUUAGAAUAACUUCAUUACAAUAAAAUGCCAUUGUUAACUUA